AUGAAAUAUUACGUCUCUAUUAAAGUAUUGAAUCGAAAAACAUCAGUAACAGCCCCGACGGGUAUUGCAGCUUUCGAUAUCAAUGGAUUGACUAUUCAUAGAUACUUCCAGCUCCCCAUAGAACAUGAUGACGCACUGAAAUAUGUGCAGUUAUCUGGUAACUUAUUGAAACUUAUGAGGGAAGAGAUGCGUGAUGUAGAACUGAUAAUAAUUGAUGAAAUAUUAAUGGUUUCUAAUACUACAUUGUUGUAUAUCAAUCAGGGACUCAUGGAGAUAUUCGAUACUUUCGAGCAGACUGAUGAUCCACCGUAUGUAAAAUUGUCAUCAACGGAGGUAGAAAAGAGAUUGGGAUCAAUGUCUAGUGCUAAUAUUUGGACGGAUUUAUUCAGUUAUGAUGAGUUGACGAUUAAUAUGGGUCAGCAGAAAGAUAGAGCAUAUGGAGAUCUUCUAUCUCAAUUGAGGGUUGGCAUGAUCACUGCUGAAAACAUCAAAAUAUUAGAAUCAAGGCAGUUUGACAUUGGCUCAUUGAAAACUGCAAAUCGAGUACAUCUUCUAUGGCAGUAUAUAAAAAGUUUACCGCCGGAUACGGUAUGUUUACUUUCAACGCAGGAAAUCGUACUUAUCGCUGAAGAUUCAGUAGAUUGUCGGGAUCACCGGCUCAAGAAAAAAGCCAAGAAAAUGAUAGAUGAAGAAGAAAAAGGCGACCGUUCAUCUGCUGGAUUAGCAAAAAUCAUCACCAUUAAAGUUGGUUCGAAGAUUAUGUUAGUUGUAACAACAGUUACUAAAUCCGUUAGGAAGACAGUAGAAUAUAUAAAUUCUAUAACCGUUUGCCUAGAAUCGGGGAAAGAAUUCGAAAUUGAACGUAUCGACAGUCAAGACUUGAGUUUACACAAUGCUGUUAUGGAUGUAGGACAAGCCAUAUUUUCUUCGUGCCAAACGUACGUCGCUCUUUCAAGACUUCCAUUACGGCCAUUGAAGAAUAGCAUAGACUCAGGGCAAAAUACAGACUUGAUAUUAAACAAAUACCUCUGCCCGAUAAAUAUUGGCCGAAGAUAUGGGACACUGAGUGGGCUUUUGAAAUUGGUUCAAAUGAUGAGACGAAUGUAG